UCCGGCAUCCUGCAGCCAGCUGCCGGGCGCUCCAGGCCGGCGGAGAGGACCUGCGGAAGGCGCCGCUGUGCCGGCUUUGCUGUUAGUGGGACCUUCCUGAGGACGGCGUGCUUAGUGCGGAUCUAAGAAUUCCUUUCUCAUUUGCUCCGUGAGGGAAUGAAGGAUGGCAGCACGCCGUGCAUUAAAAGCUGUUUUGGUGGAUCUCAGUGGCACACUUCACAUUGAAGAUGCAGCUGUGCCAGGAGCACAGGAAGCUCUUAAAAGGUUACGUAGUACUUCUGUAAUGGUUAGGUUUGUGACCAACACGACCAAAGAGAGCAAGCAAGACCUACUGGAAAGGUUGAAAAAAUUGGAGUUUGACAUUUCCGAAGAUGAAAUAUUCACAUCUCUGACUGCAGCCAGAAGUUUAGUAGAGCAGAAACAGGUCAGGCCCAUGCUGCUAAUUGAUGAUCGAGCACUACCUGAUUUCAAAGGAAUACAAACAAGUGAUCCUAAUGCUGUGGUCAUAGGAUUAGCACCAGAACAUUUUCAUUAUCAAAUUUUGAAUCAAGCAUUCCGGUUACUCCUGGAUGGGGCGCCUCUGAUAGCAAUCCACAAAGGCAGGUAUUACAAGAGGAAAGAUGGCUUAGCUCUGGGGCCUGGACCAUUUGUGACUGCUUUAGAGUAUGCCACCGACACUAAAGCCACAGUAGUGGGAAAACCAGAGAAGACAUUCUUUUUGGAGGCAUUGCGGGGCACUGGCUGUGAACCUGAGGAGGCCGUCAUGAUAGGAGAUGAUUGCAGGGAUGAUGUUGGUGGGGCUCAGAAUGUCGGCAUGCUGGGCAUCUUAGUAAAAACUGGGAAAUAUCGAGCAUCAGAUGAAGAAAAAGUCAGUCCACCUCCUUACUUAACUUGUGAGAGCUUCCCUCAUGCUGUGGACCACAUUCUGCAGCAUCUACUGUGAACCAUUAUAUGAAUCUGAAGCAACUUGAAACACGGCUUUUCAUUGUCUGGAAUAUCCCUUACCAACUCAAUGCCAGCAUCAGGAGACACAUGCCACUCAGCGCUGAUCAUGUCUUAAUCCUCUUUUAUUGUGCAUUAAUUAGAAAGAAAGGUAUUGAAUUACAGCCAGGCACUAAGCCUUGCUAAUCCCUUUUGUUUUAUUUUGUAAAAGAAGAUGAGACCCAAAGAAAGGGAAAGCUGAGAUUUGCGCCAUUCCUUUUAAAAUAUUCAUCAGUUUAGGCAGGCCUGGGAGGGAGAAGCUAUUGCAAGGAAUAGUGGUCUCUGCAUAUGUCCUUACUGGUAAAGUAGGAGGGGGGAAUUCAGAUUGUGAGUAAGGCUGAAUGGUAGUUUUAAAAUUAUAAAGUAAUUUGUUGAAAGGUGCAUUAGACUGGUUAUAAGACAGAAGCGACAAAAUGAAUUGUCCUUUAGACCAAGUGAUACAGUGAAUGUGCUUUAACAGAUGGUGAAAACUAGAUUUUUCUGCUGUAUUCCCAGCACGGGUGACUUCCUUUUCUCUUCAUUAGCCAGAGAUGACUAAUUUAAAUUUAGAUCCUGAUUUUAAUUUAAAAUAAUAUUUCCAUUAAUAACCUAUUCA